GAGGCGCACCCAGUCCAAGCCCAGCCGCCAGUUUCUCCGCGUCCGCUUCCGCGUGUUGACGGCGUGCUGCCCCGCUCCCGCUGCUGCUGCUCGCCCUCGUCAAGGAGAAGGAGGCAGGCGCCCAGGCCGACCGGUCACCAUAGGCAGCAUUCCGUUGUCGUGUCUCAGUGCUUCCAGCGUCGCCGUCGCCCCGACGUCCUCGACCGCCAACAUGAGUGUCUGCAACAAGAACGAACGAGGCUGUGAGGAGAGCUUGGUGCUCUUGCGCCGCUCUCUCAAGUCAGCAAACAUGGCCUCUGAGGGAAAGAACUUUGAAGGCAACGUACCACACAUUUUCGUCACUCUUGGUGCUUCUGGAGACCUAGCCAAGAAGAAGAUUUUGCCCACUUUGUGGUGGCUCUUUAGGGACAGUCUGCUCCCCGCCAACACCAUCUUUUAUGGAUAUGCUCGCUCCAAACUUACCAUCGAGGAAGUCCGUGAAAAAUGCCAUCAGUACAUGAAGGUGAAGCCGGAUGAGGAAGAGCGAUAUGAAGAGUUUUGGGCCGCAAACAAAUACUUUGCUGGUAGUUAUGACAAACGUCAAGAUUUUGAGAUGCUCAACCAGGAACUCUGCAAGGCUGAGGGGCCUUCCAAAUCAGCAAAUCGGCUCUUUUAUCUGGCUCUGCCUCCCUCAGUGUUUGAGCCUGUGACAGUUCACAUUCGCAAUACAUGCAUGGGAGAAAAGGGCUGGACACGAGUUAUUAUUGAAAAGCCAUUUGGUAAAGACAGUGAGAGCUCUCAGCGUCUUUCAGAUCAUCUUGCAUCUCUGUUCAAAGAAGAACAAAUCUAUCGUAUUGAUCAUUAUCUUGGCAAAGAGAUGGUACAGAACCUAAUGAGCUUGAGGUUUGGCAACAGAAUUUUCAGUCCCACUUGGAAUCGUGAGUGUGUGGCUUGUGUCCAGAUAACGUUUAAGGAACCGUUUGGAACUCAGGGCCGUGGUGGAUAUUUUGAUGAAUUCGGUAUCAUUCGUGAUGUAAUGCAGAACCAUCUUCUCCAGAUUCUGUGUUUGACAGCAAUGGAAAAGCCUGCCUCUCUUCAUCCUGAUGACAUUCGAAAUGAAAAGGUAAAAGUUCUGAGGUGCAUCAAAGAGCUUGGUGUUGAUGAUGUAGUACUUGGACAGUAUGUUGCAAACCCAAAUGGAAAAGAUGAAGACUCCCGAUUGGGCUAUUUAGACGACAAAACUGUACCUGAAGGUUCAUCCACACCUACCUUUGCUCUUGCAGUCCUUUACAUCAACAAUGAACGUUGGGAUGGAGUCCCCUUCAUUCUUCGUUGUGGAAAAGCUUUGAAUGAAAGGAAAGCAGAAGUACGAGUACAAUACCGAGAUGUGCCUGGAGAUAUUUUCAAUGGUCAAGCAAAACGUAAUGAAAUGGUCAUCCGAGUACAGCCAGGAGAGGCUGUUUAUAUCAAGCUUAUGACUAAGACACCAGGCAUGAACUUUGAAAUGGAGGAAACUGAACUUGAUUUAAGUUACAACAGCAGAUACAAGUCUGUGAAAAUGCCUGACGCUUAUGAACGUCUGAUUCUUGAUGUUUUCUGUGGCUCUCAAAUGCACUUUGUCCGCUCUGAUGAGCUCUCAGAAGCCUGGCGUAUUUUCACUCCCCUCUUGAAGCAAAUCGAAACUCACAAUGCUCCUUCUAUUCCAUACAUGUAUGGAAGUCGUGGUCCUAAGGAGGCUGAUGAGAUGGUGAAGCGGCAUGGAUUCAAAUACUAUGGCUCCUACAAGUGGGUUGAGUCGCAGAAAAAUCACUUGUAAUAUAGAUGAUUCUUGUUCAGCAUUAGUUGAAUUUUGAAAUUCUGUAGUACUGUGAGAAAUGAUUUGUUUCAUGUGUGAGGCAAUACCAUAAGUCCAUUUGUUUACAUCAAUCUCUCUUUAAAUUAUUGAACUCUUUGAUAAGUUUUAUGAUAAAGGUGCUUUACUCUGCAAUAAUGUUACAUUCCAGUUCAGCAUUAAUUAUAUUAAUUUUAGUAUACUGUCCUAAAUGAUCAGAAGUGCUUUGUUUUCUUGAUUUGAUAUGUUCUUUAUAUCCCUUGAAAUGGGAAGAUGUUAAAAAUUCCUUAGCCAUGCAAAGGCCUAAAAUUGUACCUGACAGGAAUGUAAAUUAUUUAUUUGUUGUUAUAAAUUGUCUAUUAAAUAUUACAUUGAUAUUUUUUCAUGUGGCAUAAAGCUCCAGUCGACUUAAAAUAUCAGCCGUCCUGUAAUUUUGUCUAGAGAGGAUAAAAGUUCCCCUAGAUGUGCAUGUUGUUAUUUGCAAGUAGAAAUUGUCAUCCAUAUUUAUUCGUCACUCUGCUGUACCAUGAUUCUCAUCUGACUUAGAGAAAACACAAUCAUGUGGUUGUUCGGGUUUUUACUACGAAAGAUGGUUAUCAAACUGUUGUUAUUUAAAUGCAUUUAUACUUUUUUUAAAAAAAUUUAUCAACUUUUUUUAUUUGUUUUAUGUUUUUUUUUGUCUCUCUACCCUCUUAAGCAGGGUAUGAAAUGUUUGAUGUGUAUGUACCAUCUAAAUUAUAUUUUGUAUACGUGUGUAUAGCUGUCCAAGAGAGUCUAGAUCACAUUUUUUGUUCACAUAAUUUUAAGAAAAAGGUUGUGCUUUAUUUAAUAAAGCCCUCUGAGUUGUAUUGUUAUUGCUGCUAAGAAUAUUUAUUGUACUGACCAUCUGAUUAAAUUCAGUGCAAACUACAGAUGUUAAGCCUGCCCAGCCAGGACUAGCCAGGACAAUUCUUCAUAAUGAUCACGAUCAUUUAGAAAUGUCAUUUAGCAUGUGGUGUGAUAUAUUGUCAACUAUUCCUCCCUGUUAUAGUACAAUUGUCCAAUUACUUUUCCUGUGUGACUUAAAAGUGAUAUUUUGCUGUAGAAAUUUCUAGUUAUUCAUGCGUGAACGUGCCACUUACCUAAUGUACCACUUACCAACGCAGUACCAACUCAAAUCAAACGUUUUGAACCCAAACAAAAUUUUUCUUGGUGAAAGAAAGUUCUUGGUUGUAUCGAUUAAGACUCGUAUGAAUUUGUAGGUCUAUUAUGUAUCAUGAAAAUUGGUGAAGGAUAAACAAGCAUCAUCUAGAAUCUAAUCACUUUGAUUUCUACUGUACUUAAUCUUGUAAUCUACUUUUUGAAAUGUUUUAUACUUGUGAAAUCUUUUUAUCUGGUGUGUGAUUGAGCUCUACUCCUUUAAAUUAGUCAUGUAACACUGUGUGCAUGUUCCCUCGCAAUUUCUGUUAGUUAACAUAUCACUUUUCAGUUUCUAUGCAGUAGUGUUUCGAAAGAAAUAAAUUUUUGUUAAAAGUUGA